UCUUCAUAAAUUCAGACCUGCAAUCGUCUCUUUGGGCAUUUCUGCUGAUAGUAAAACACUGGAUAUAUUGACGAUAUGGCAAUGAAGGCUACAGUCACUGUGUUUUUGUUUUUGAGUCUCUUUGGAUUGAACACCAGCCUCUACAGAAAACACUACUAUGUGAAUGAGUAUAUGGAGUGGUCAGAUGCAAGGCGAUACUGCAAAACAAACCAUGAUGACCUGUCCACCGUGAGCAAUGAAGAACUGCAAUCACUCUCUGACAAUCCACAGAUCUCCUAUGGUUAUUACCUCAUUGGUCUUAUUAGAGAUCCCAUCGACUCAGAACGGUGGAGAUGGACUGGAGGUGAGGAUGCAACUAAUGUCACGUGGGACAAGGGUGAACCAAAUACUGUGCAUGAGGAAUGUGGUGCUGUCAAAAAAUCCACUGCUAAAGUUCAUGAUGCUGGUUGUUUUUGGCCUAUACCAUUUUAUUGUAUGGAGGUCUUUGAGCUGAUCCUAGUGCAGCAAGAAAGCACAUGGGAAGAGGCCCUGCAAUACUGCAGACAAAACUACAUUGAUCUUGCCGGUCUUAGCUCAGAUGUGAUUAUGACAGAGGCGAAAAAUAAGAGCACACCAGCCCUGACAGAUGAUGUUUGGAUUGGUCUGCACUUUAUCGCUGGUCACUGGUUCUGGGUAAAUGGAGAAGAUCUCGACUAUAAGGUCUGGUCUGCGGAUGAAGAGCUCCAGUGUCCUGCCAUGAAUCAGCGCUGUGGAGUUUAUGAUGUACAGCAGAAGAAUUGGAAACCUGCAGACUGUGAGCAGAGACUCAACUUUCUCUGUGUCAAGAAACCAUUAAAUUAUUUAUUUGAAUAAUAAUGACAACAAGCCUGGUGACUAAAGAGCCAAACAGUAAAGCCUAUUUUAAUAGUUAAUAUAGAAUGGUUAACUGCAGUGCAUUGUGAUAAUAAUGAUAAUGUCUAGUCUCUUUUGGGUGAAAUGUUGUUAGCUGCAUCCUACACUUGUUUUGUGCUUUUAAACUUUAUAUUUGUAAUAAUAAAAAUAUGUCAAGACAUAGUUUUUUGUUAUACACACAUUCAGA